AUGACAUUCUAUGGCUGCUUCUUCCAGCUCUUCUGUGUCCAUUACCUUGGAAGCCUUGACUCCUUCAUCAUUAUGCUGAUGGCUAUUGAUCGUUAUGUUGCUAUCUGUAAACCUCUUAGGUAUCACUCCAUUAUCAACAAUAAAUUGGUGACUCUCCUCUGCUACAUUUUCUGGCUCUUUGCUGCCGUAAUUGGAUUAGCUAUGACUUUAAUUGCUGGAAUUCUUCCUUACUGUGGACCCAACCGUGUCAAGAACUGUUUCUGUGCCAGCCAAGCUGUAAUAGUAUUGGCAUGUGUUGUCGUUACCUUGGAAAGAAGAAAAGGAUUUUCAAUUGCUAUGUGUGUGCAUCUCUUCCCAUUAUCUGUUAUUAUUCUCUCAUAUAUUCUCAUAAUCAGGGUUGUGUACUUAUCAGCCAACAAUGGAAACUUGCAGAAGGCAUUUAAUACCUGUACCACUCAUUUAAUUGUCAUUGGCUUGUACUUUAUCCUCAGGUUGUUUGUGUAUUGUACCUUUGGUACUUGA